GACCAUGAUAGCGACCAAGAACUUCCGGACCUCGGAGACAUUCUCUCCCAGCCAAAAAGACUAGACAAAGGCAAGGGACGCGCAGCUGACUCUCUACACAUUCCCUUCAAUCCCUUAGCGGCUCAGACCAAGAGACCUGUCAUCGCACGGAACGUUCGUGUAGUUCUGCCGAAGCAACUCACAUCAAAAGAGAUCGAUCUCGACUCCGAUGAGGAUCUCGAGGUUACCAAACCAAGGAGCCGAUUUCCCGUAUUUGAUCGAAUGCCGAAGGAACAACAUAAGGAUUCGAGAGCACUAAUCACCCAACGAGUCUUAGCCAAUCUCACGUCACCCGGAAAGCAAGGACCGAAGGGCCGUAUCUCGAUAAACCCUUCCGGUCUUCAAGCAAAAUUGCAGCGUCUUGCACGUCAACAGGCUCUGAAGGAGCGAGACGAACGCUUAGCCGAACUCAAAGCUCAGGGGAAAGUCUUUCAAACGGAGGAGGAAAUUGAGAGAGAGCAGCUCCAAAUGGACAGCAUGCUGGAAAAGGCUCGAGAGCAUGAUGCGAAGCUUGCGAAGAAGGAGAAAGCUGAUGCAAAGAAAGACGGCCAGGGUGGUGAUAUGCUGGACAGCGAUGACGAGGACGAUGAAGAUUGGGAAGGAAGUGGGAAGGAAGAGGUUGGCGACGAAGACAUGGAGAAGCAGGUUGAAGAGGAUCUUGAAUUAUCGGGGUCAGAAGAUGAAGAGAUGGCAAUUGAAGAUGAGGAUGAAGAGGGUGACGAAGACGCAAAUGAUGAAGAGGCAAGCAAGGACGCUGAGGUUACUGACUUGUUUGACCGGGAAGCCGGUGAGGACAAUGAGUCUGAGCACGAGGAACUAGACGCUGAUGGCGAGGCGUCGGACGAAGAUGCAAUCUCUGCGCCUCAUCGACAGCGUGCGAAGAAGCGGUCAAGAAAGGUCAUUGUCGAAGACGACGAAGAAAGUGAUGUUGAAUCUCCGCAGAAAGCUAUGCCUUCGCAAUCUACCUCCGAUGAUGGCAUGGCCGCGUUUGGUUUCGACAUGGACAACACCACUUCUCUAGGGCUCACCCAGAUGUUUGCCGGAACAAUGGCGAAUCUCCAAUCUCAACCGCAGCCCAACGAAUCUCUUGGUCAAGAUACCCAAAAAGACUCGCUAGUUUUCUUCCGAUCCAUUCCUAUCACCCAGCCUAAUUUCGACGAGGCGAUGCCAGAUGCUCCUCCCGACCUGCUUGUCCCGAACAGUCAAGCCAUCGGAAAUUCCCAGACCGAUCCAGGCCGGAACCAGCACCAGAUCGCUUCUCAAGAACAGCCGUCUGAUACCCAGCUUUCCGAGGUUCCCGAACCUACUCAAGACGUAGGCUUCGAGCUGUCUAGGCUACCUGCAGGGCUUGUUCCGCCCGCGUCGACAAUAGAUACCGUGAUCAUGCCAGUACCAGAAUCACCAAUCAUCAAGAAGAAAGGAAAACUCCAUCAACGGGCAGCUGCAAGGACAGCGCUCUCCGACGUUGACGAAGAUCUCGCUAUGCCAUCUGCUAAUUCGGAUGGUCUUGACAGGUCUGACGAUGCUUUCGAAGUUCUGAAGAAAGCGGCCAAGAAAUCUGCUGCCAUCCAAGACUUUGAUCGGAAGACGAGCGAGGCAAAGAAGAUGUUUGAGGAGCAAGCCGAGGAAUCAGAGGAUGAAUACGCUGGACUAGGCGGUCAGAGCGAUGACGAGAGUGGUGGGGAGCAGGACGAGGAGGUUGCGAAGAUGAUUGAUGAGGGUGAGGUCAAUGUAGAUGAGAGGAAGAUUGCUGCAUUCUUUGCAGAGAAAUCACGGGCCGACGAUGAAAAGGUCAUUGACAAGUUGUACAAAGACGUUCAUAACGGAGGUCUGAGGCGCAAACGCGGUAAUGACUUCGAUCUAUCCGAUGCAGAGGAUGAAGAAGAGGAGCGGCGCAGAAGGAGGCAGCUAGAGUACAAGAGGAUGAAACAGGCACUUUAUGCUGACGAGAAGGUCGGAGCAAUAGCACAAAACCCAAAGAAAGCAGCAUUCCUACGCGCUCUCGAGGACUUCGACGACGAUGCUGAUAAUGAUUACCUUCUCGAUGGUCCUGACUUCGAAAUCGAAGUUGAUGCAUCACAGUCUGCCGAAGCUGUUUCUAUUCCAGAUUCUCAGCAGGCCGAGGAGGCGAAUAAUACUGCCGCGCCGACCAACCCACUGAAGCGCAAGCACGCCCCUACUGAUUCUCAAGAGAAAGAAAACCGCCCUCCGCCUCACCUGCGCCGCACUGGGGCUGUCGAUGAUGCCCGCAAGCCUACCUCUCUUGCCGACAUCCGCGAAUCCGUCUCCUUCCUAAUCGACGAACCCCAUUCUAUCCCCGAAUCCCAGUUCUCAGCCUCCGAGAGCGAAGGCGAGGAAGACACAACCCAGGAUACCCGCACCUCCCGCCCCAUCAUCGACCGCCUCACACUUUCCCGUAGCAACUCCGCCGCCGAAGCCACCUCAGGCGCCAUGGCCUUCCACGCACCCGCCACCGGCUCCCAUCCUGGUUUCCGCGUUCCAAGCCUGAUCCGCCGUGCUGCAUCCAAUCUCUCCGCCAAGAGCUCGACCCUGAGCUCCACCACUAGCUCCGGUGCUUCAACCCCGGUUGAAGCCCCUCAGGGCGUCCGCCGUGGCGGGAGUGGUAAGUCGAAUAUCCAUUACCAAGCAAGGGAAGCGGAGAGGCGUGCCGCGCUGGAGAAGUCAGAUAAGCGUAGACGCGAGAGUAUCAGGAAGAAGGCGGUGAAGGGGCGGAGAGGGCUUAGUGCACUUGCCGGCCUAGAUUCUGGGUUUGAGUAGACUGUGAUGGGUUGGGAGAUGGCGUUCUUUGAUAUCCUGGGGGUGUUUUGGGUAGGUGGUAUUGGGUGGAGUUUAGGUAGUCUGUCAAGAUGAAUGGACGAGUAUUUCUGAUUUACCACUUGCGGUUUUGAGAUUGUGAUUGUGAGGCCGAAGUGAUGGGGCUGAAUUGAGGUUGGUGCUUUUGGUAAUUGUGUUGGUGUUUUGGUUAAACGGUGCUGGGGUGAAUUCAUGGCGCAGAUACUCUGUCAAUAUGAAUAGAUAGGUAUUCACG